AUGACACACCACCGCGAAACUGUCGUGAACGGGGCCUCGUCGUCCAACCAUGACCACUCCGUGCCUACUCCCCAACGGCUCGAUGCCGAAGAAUGGGCAGUGAACGACGUGUUCGACGCUUUGAAGAAGCUUCGCGCUAAGCGCCUCAGCCUCACGAACGCCCUCGGCGCGUUGGACGUCAAAAGGCGCCAAUCUCGAGACCUCGCAUACCAACAAGCGAUCUAUGCCGAGAUGUCCACAGUCGCUGCGCAGGUCAAGGAGACGGAUCGCGAGAUUCUGGCAUUUGAGAAGAAGCUGCAUAACUUGAAGAGCUUGAACAAGCACACGGCGAGGCGUCACCAGUGGGAGCAGAAGGGACUCUUGAAGGAGGAGUCGAGCAACCCGAGUCUCGGGUUGCCGAAUGCUGUCAAGGUUGCCAAGUACGGAUAUCAGGCCCGGGAUGGACAUCAUGACCAGCGCAAACAUGAUGGUCAGCCGCGCUGA